CUGUUUACAAUGAUGAGUUUUGAAGAGAUGUUCAUUUUUUUGUUCCUGUAUUUGAUUGGUGUUUGUGACUGCCAGGGUCCUGUGGAUGCGGAAUUCGUGCUAAACUUCGACUCGCCAGUAUAUGUGUGCCCCGACCCAUCGAGCCAGGCCUUCGUGGAUACGUCGGCCGUCGAAGUCGACAGAUAUAAUGAAUCGACUUCGUACAUGGCCGGCACUAUAUACUUUCAUAAAGGUUUCGACAGUGCUACUAUGGUUGAACUAAUGGUCGAGAGAGAAAUCAACGGCCAAUACGAGAUGAUCAUCUCCCACGAGAUAUGUGACGUUUGCAAGGAGUUCGGGAAGGAGGAAAGUCUGUAUGCAAAAUAUUUCAGCUACUUCGGCUUCCCUACUAUAUGCCCGUUUGCUGCUGGUCCGUACGAAGUCCACGACCUGAAAGCGGACAACGACGAUCUUCCCGUCAACGGGGCCACGGCGGGCCGCUACCAGGUGACCAUUAAUUUAUACAACAACCCGGACAGCACUUGCAAGAACAUGAAAACUUUUAUCGCAUGCCUGAAGCUCGAUUUUAUUAUUGAACAGCUUUGAAUGUAA